GCUCAGUCCUAAUAUAACUAACUGCAUCGCGAAGUAAAGUUUUUAGCACACCCGAACUGUUCUCGUUGGGUCUCACUGCAAUCAAGAUGAAGGUUAUAAUUGCAUUAUUUAGCCUGAUUGUGGCAGCUUCGGCAGGGUGCCCUCCAUUCUGGGUACAGUACCGAGGACAAUGCUAUAGGUAUUUCAACGAACCAUUAACACAUUUAGGAGCCACGAAUUUUUGUAUGAAGUUUGGAUCCUGCGACGGUCAAAUAGGUAGACUUCUUAGCGUUGAGAACGCUCGAACAGAUAAUUUCAUUCACCUUCUACUGAGCGACUUCGUGAUUGAACCCCCGACGUUCCCAACAUGGCUCGGUCUUACAAGUGACCCGAAUAAUCCUGAUGUUUGGACAUGGGCUUCAGGAGCUCCCCUGCUGUACACAAAUUGGGGAAAUAAUCAGCCCGGCGGUAACGAGCCAUGUGCAAGGACACUUCCAAACGAGAUGGGACACACGUGGCGAGAGGUUGCGUGCGAUCGCGAACUACGAUUCAUCUGUGAGAUGUCGGCUGCUGAACCAGGACUGCAGUAAAGAUGCAAAUGGAUGCAACUCAAUAACCAAAAUCACAGACCCUGCACAGACAUCACCGGUUGACCAAGGUUCUUACCUAGCACUCAACAAUAGAAUACCAAACCUGACUUGUUAAAAUCGGUGCGUUUUUCGAGAUGGCGGUUUCCGUAUAUAAGUCUAAACCAGACGAUGGAUAGAAGUGUUGAAUUUCGGGCUGCUUAUUGGAUUCAAUUUGGUUUGAUAGACGGAUUUCAGUAGCAUAAGAAACAGAAUUCCAAGACUCGUCUUCGAGGACUUUAAAAUAAACAACGGGUCUUUUUACAUUCAGAUCUCGUUAUGUUAUAUUUUUAAAAAGUUUAUAAAUGAACGUUUGUAGGUGAAAAAUAAAAAACAAGAAAAACA